AUGGUUACUACUAAAGACAUAGAAUUCUGGCGUGAAUUUAUAAACCUAUAUCGCGAACUACUUGCAGUUUGGAAAAUAAAAAGUGAUGAUUAUAAAAACCGCGAUUUAAAGUCUCAAUGUUAUGUAAAGUUAACAGACAAACUAAAAGAACAUCAACCAACUGCAGAUAUAAAUUCUACAAAAAGAAAAAUUAACACAUUAAGGUCCAAUUUUCGAAGAGAGUUGAAGAAACAAAUCAAUAGUAGAAAAUCUGGAGUUUCUAAGAGAUCAAGAAUGUCAGGAUAUUGGAAGGUCAUCCAUAGAAGAAGACAUGACUAA